CAAUUUUGAAGAAGCAAAAACUCUGAAAAUCUCUCCCUCCUUCUCUCUCCUGUUUUUGUCAUUUCUAACAUUCUUAUUCUAUUAAAUUGAAAUACAGAAUAGCUUCUCUUCUUUCCUCUUCUCUGUCUGAAACCCCCAAACUCUAAGCAAACCCAUUUAAUUCCAAUUAAUCUUUACCAACCUAAACCCAUUUAAUCGUUCCUUUUUUCUCAAUCAUAGCGAUCUAAUGCUGCUCAUCGCCGCUGAGCUUCAGUAGAUGAUCCUGACAAUGGAGUGAGGUAGCUUUUAUGAAGGGGAACUCUCUCCUCCAGGGAUGCAUUUGGUUGGGGGUGUAGGGCUUUAAUGGCUUGUCACCAGCAUACAAUUGCAAGACUGAUUUUAAUUGAAUUUUUUGAUUGGACAGCACCUUCACUAGUUACUAACAAAUGAUGUGCAUGCUGAACAGGCAAAUAGUGGAUCCUAGUUUAUGAGUAGGGGUGAUAGAAGGAGAUGAAAUAAUUAAUAUUUACAGGCUCACAAGAAAUUUACUGUAAAUAUCAAGGAAGAGUCUCAAGAAAAGCUUUAGUAUGAAGACAUCAAACAAUUCUGGGAGAUUUAAAAAGAAUGACGAUUCAAGCAAGGGAAAGUUGUUAAGCGAAAUAGAGAGUAUUAGCAAGGCUCUCUAUAUUGACAGAAAUCUGUCAAAAACCUCCUCUACUACAAGUCUGCCCAGAUCGGUUGAUAAGAGUGAUGCGUUGGUUUCCAAUCCAAUGUCGAAACAUGGAAGUUAUGGUCAACCAACUAAGGAUAAAAAGUCAUUUUGGAGUUGGAAAUCCCUGAAGGCACUUUCCCAUGUAAGAAACCGGAGGUUUAAUUGUUGCUUCAGUCUUGAUGUCCACACGAUAGAAGGGUUGCCCUCGAAAUUUAAUGGUAUUAGCAUAUGUGUUCAUUGGAAGAGGAGGGAUGGAGAAGUUGUUACUAGCCCAAUCAAGGUGAUUAAAGGAGUAGCUGAAUUUAAUGAGAAACUAACGCAUACAUGUUCUGUUUAUGGCAGUAGGAGUGGUCCACACCAUUCUGCCAAGUAUGAAGCAAAACAUUUCUUGCUUUAUGCAGGAGUGCAGGGUAAUCCUAACCUUGAUUUAGGAAAGCACCGUGUGGAUCUCACGAGGCUGCUUCCACUUACGUUGGAGGAGUUGGAGGACGAGAAGAAUUCCGGGACAUGGACUACAAGCUUUAAGCUUUCCGGUGAGGCCAAAGGUGCUAUCAUGAACGUUAGUUUUGGGUAUUUGGUGUUAGGGGAUGGAACUGCUUCAGUUGCUCCUAAUAAUAAGAAAGUGCUUCAACUUCUGGACUCAAAGGCGUCAGCAAGGAGUUAUUCCAAAUCUAAUACGGGUAAUGGAAAAGGCUUGAUUCAACGUGCUGGAAGCUUACCCUCAAAUCUGAAGUCAUCAAAUUCAUCUCGUUCUGUGGAUUCUGUUCUCCAUGAGGUUAACCCUGUAAGAAUGUCCGAAUUAUCAAGCUCCAUAAAUACACUGUAUCAAAAGUUAGACCAGGGAAAUUUAGAUUCUUUGGUUGAGGAUAAGUGUGAAAUUGAAGUGGUUGGGAAUUAUGACAAACCUCUUAGAUCAUUUCUCUCCUAUCUGUCCGAUCCACUCGAGGAUAAUAUGACGAAUGAUGAAAAUUCUGAAUUUUCAUUUUUUGAGAAGGAAGUGGAAUCCUCAGAGAAGUCAACAGUGGGAGAGGAUGGGGUAAAGGUUGCUGAUUAUCAAGAUGUAACUAACUCCGAUCUUCCUGUAGUUUCCAGUGAAGCUGAAGUUUCUUGUCAAGACGAAGCUGAAGUUUCUUGUCAAGAGGAAGCUGACUUCAAAACCAAUGAGGUUGUAAUACACGAUUGUAACUUUGAAGUUUCCACACAUGAUGGCAAGCAUGAAGAAUCAUCUCACUAUUCUCAUUCAGAUGCAGUCCAGGAGAAUGUGGUCAAUGACGAGAAAUCUGAACGUUCUUGUAUCGAGAACGGGGUGGAAUCUUUGGAGGAGAAAUUAACACUGAUUGAAGAUGGGACUCAGAUUGCUGAUGAACAAGACAUAAUUAGCUCUGAUCUUCCUUUAGUUAGCAGUAGUGAUGGUGGUGUUUCAUGUCUAGAGGAAGCUGAACUCAAAAGAGAGGAAAUUGUAGUACAUGAAUGCAACUCUUCCGAAAAGACCAUAUCCAGAGAAUCUCUUUUAGAAGAUCUGGAAUCCGUUUUGAGCAAAGUUGACGAGCUUCAGAAAGGAAUUGACAGCCCAGAAGCCAGCAGUGAACUAGGUGAUCUGGAAACUUUAAAUGAGGAUAAAUCGAAUGUCAUGAUUCCUUCUGAUGGCUUGGAUGAUCUCACGGACACUGUUGCUGAUGAGUUUCUAAACAUGCUUGGAAUCGAAGAUUCUCCUGCUGCCCUUUUUUCCGAAGCAGAGCCUGAGUCUCCUAGAGAGCGGCUUUUGAGAGAAUUUGAGUUAGAAGCAGAGGCUAGUGGUUAUUCAUUAUUUGGUUCUGGUAUUGAUGAAGAGAAUGUGGCAGUUUAUGAAUAUAAACAUGAUUAUGAUUAUGGUGAUGAUGAUGAUAAUGAUGAUGAUGUGCCCACUAUAUUUGGAUGGGGAGACCAUUCUGAUGACUCGGGUUUCUUAGCAACUGGAUAUUCUGAUUAUCCAAAGAUUAGGGCCCAGGUGGUGGAAGACAUGGAGACACAAGCACUUAUGCAGGAGUGGGGCUUGGACGAGAACGCUUUCCAAAGCUCUCCGCCAAAUAGCAGAUCUGCUUUUGGCAGUCCGAUUGAUCUCCCUUCUAAUCAACCUCAGAAGCUACCUCCUCUAGGAGAAGGUUUAGGUCCAUUUAUUCAAACCAAGACCGGUGGAUUUUUGCGAUCCAUGAACCCGAACCUUUUUACUGAGGCGAAGACUGGUGGGAGCCUCAUUAUGCAGGUUUCUAGUCCUGUUGUUGUCCCUGCUGAAUUGGGGUCUGCUGUAAUGGAUGUUUUACAGCAUUUGGCAUCAAUGGGACUUGAAAAACUGUCUGGGCAAGCUAAUAGGCUGAUGCCAUUAGAGGAUAUCACCGGAAGUACGAUGCAACGAAUCGCUUGGGAAGCUUCUGAAAGUCAAAAUAAGCUUCAAGACGAGCCAGAAGGUUACCGCACUGUUUCAGCUAGAAAGAAACAAGUUAAAGAGGCGUCUUCCAGCCGAAUAUCAAAGAAAAUGAGUUCAAGCUUGACCUCCGAUGAAGUAGACUCAGAAUUUGUGUCUUUAGAAGAUUUAGCACCGUUGGCUAUUGAUAAGAUUGAAGCACUAUCAAUAGAAGGUUUGAGAAUACAAUCUGGCAUGUCAGAUGAGGAAGCACCUUCAAAUAUCAAUGCACAGUGUAUCGGGGGAUUUUCCGCUCUCGAAGGGAGACGGAUGGGUGCAACGGGUUUGAUGGGUUUGGAGGGAGCUGCAGGUUUGAAGCUGUUAGCACUCGAGGACAGUAGGUUUGAUGGUGACGAUGGACUAAUGGGUUUAUCGUUAACAUUGGAUGAAUGGAUGAAAUUGGAUUCUGGUGAAGUUGAUGAAGACGAGAGAUUAAGUGCUAGGACUUCAAAACUUCUCGCUGCCCAUCACGCUAAAAGCACCGAUUUGAAUUUUCUGAGGAAAAAAGGAGAUAAAAAACCGGGUAAGGGUUCUGGAAGGAAGGGUGGUUUGUUGGGUAACAAUUUCACCGUCGCUUUAAUGGUCCAACUUCGUGAUCCAUUAAGGAACUAUGAGCCUGUUGGUACACCAAUGCUGGCUCUGAUUCAAGUGGAACGGGUUUUUGUUCCUCCGAAACCGAAGCUAUACUACACGGUUGGUGAGGCUAGAGACAACAAUAGUGAUAGAGACGAUGAUGACACAGUCGCCAAGGAAGAGAAGAUCGAACUCAAGGAAGAGAAACCCAAAGAACAGGACUUAAUUCCUCAGUACAAAAUAAGCGAGGUGCAUGUUACGGGCUUUAAAAAUGAGCCCGGAAAGAAAAAAGUAUGGGGUAAUGCUGCACAACAACAAUCGGGAUCUCGGUGGUUGCUUGCAAAUGGAAUGGGAAAGGGAAACAAAGGACCAUUUAUAAAACCCAAGGUUGCUACCAAAUCUUCAUUGCCAGCCACUAUCACAUCUCAGCCUGGUGAUACCUUGUGGAGUAUUUCUGCUCGGUUCCACGGUAGUGGCAAGAAAUGGAAAGAGUUAUCUGCUCUUAAUCCGCAUAUUCGAAACCCAAAUGUUAUUAUUUCGAAUAAUGAAAUUAUAAAGCUACGAUAGGUUAAGAUGUGGUAUGUACAACGUUUGGAUUAAUAUGCCCCAGUUCAUCAAGGUCACUUGAGAUUUUGUGAGAUUUGUUGCCGCGAGGGAAAUGCUUAUACUGUAUUAAUGUGUACAUUGCUAAUAUGAGUGAAUUAGGGUAAUAAAAUGAGAUGUAGUUUAUGUACAAUAUUUUGCUGUGAAGCCAUUUGGUCUAGAAUGAAUUAUCUAGUUCUCAUAAAUGGCUUUGAUAUUGGUAUAUAUGGGAAUUAUUGGAAAAUCCGAAUUGGCACAAAUAAAA